UCUUUGUUGUCAUCGCAGUGCAUUAUGGGUAGGACACAUCCUGGUUCCAAGUUUGUCCCAUCAGGCUAACAUAACAACUUUUCUGUCUGUCUCAUAUUGUGGUAUAGUCGUCGGGUUUGUUGACUUGGUAGAUAGCGACCGUAAAACGCCUUGCAUUACUGGUGUUUGAAUGUGAUGGUAAACAAAUUAAAUCUCGAAAACUGGGCUUUAAUACAAAGUAUCACUGAUUAGCUGCUAAUGCUAGUUAGCAUAACAUGGAUCGGUGCGUGGUAGAAAGGUGUAAUUGAGUAAACAACACCGUGGCAAUGUUUGGGAAUUACAGCAAAUAACCCUUGUUUUUUUCUUCAUUUUGUAUAUUACAGUUCAAGCCGUUUUAUUAUUAUUGCAUGUGGUUACGGACUUUGGCUGUAACUUAUCUGUCAACAUACUCGAGCACACUCUAACAUUAGUGAAACAACAUACCUCAAUGAUAAAGACAUGUACAUGCUUUUCCUAUUUUUUAUUAGGACUUAUACUUCCUAUUCUUACCACAGCUACCAUUUAUAGUCCGUGAUUUGGGGAUCAUACAUGAUGCUGCUGAAUUGUCUGAGAUGCCCCAGAACGUAUCUGGCAUUCAGAGGUCAAUUACAUCCAACGCGUCUUUUAAAUUCGGUUAGCAAUUCCGCCUAUACUGGAGGCAGUCAAGCUCCCAGUUGGCAUGUUGGUCGUGCAGUGUCGUACAGCGCCAUGUGCACAGUGCCACCACUGUGGAACAUAGAUAGCCACCCAGAUGCACACAGCAGUCAGUUGCUGCUUGAGUCAAGACGAAGAGGUCCAGCUUGUGUGGCAAAGAACAAGAAGCUGCUGCAAAGAGAAGCAUUAUGGCCAGUGUCUUUUGUCCGCCAAAGAAUGACUGAAGCGCCUCUUUCUACUGUACAGCCAACAUUUGUAGUGAUGAGGUUUGACCAGAAAGGAACCGUAACAUCAUUUGAGAAGAAGAAGAAUGAACUUUGCCAGGAGCUAAGUCUUCAGGCAAGGGACCUUCGCUUUUUGCACAGUACCAGCCUUGCCACGAGAAACAACUGCAUUAUUAUCCGAAUGGAGUCAUUAAAAGCCAUCAUAACUCCACUUUGCCUUUUGGUUUUGGAUUUUCGUGGUCUGGGUUUGGAACACUGGCUUGUGCUGGAGCUCGCCUCACAGCUUGCUUCACAGACUCACUCGCUGCCUUUUGAGUUCAGGGCUUUGGAGGCCAUUCUACAACACAGGGUAAACAAUCUACAAACCCGAUUGAACGAAGUUGAACCAGUGAUAUUGGACAUUUUGGAAUCUCUGGUGGAUCCGAAAAUCUUGUCUGCCGAUAGAAGUAAACUACACAUACUGCUGCAGAACAGUAAGAGUUUAUCCGAGUUAGAGACGGACAUUAAGGUGUUCAAGGAUUCUUUGUUGAAGAUUUUGGAUGAAGACGAAAUCAUUGAAGAACUAUGUCUUACGAAGUGGACAGACCCGAGAGUUUUUGAGGAGAGCAGUUUGGGGAUUGAUCAUGCAGAGGAGAUGGAACUUUUGUUGGAUAAUUACUACAUGCAGGCUGAGGAGCUGGGGAACAAGGCCAGGGAGCUGAAAGGUCUGAUAGACGACUCAGAGAGUGUCAUCUUUAUAAAUCUGGACAGCCAUCGAAAUGUGAUGAUGCGUUUGAACCUGCAACUGACCAUGGGAACAUUCUCACUCUCUUUGUUUGGUCUCAUCGGCGUGGCCUUUGGGAUGAACUUGGAGUCGUCUUUCGAAGAGGACCCUCGUGUUUUCUGGCUGGUUACUGGGUUCAUGUUCCUGGGGAGCGGCUUGAUUUGGAGGCGACUGCUGUCCUUCCUGGGACGACACCUAAAGCCUACAUUACUCCCAACAAUUCCUCCAGUUUGGAAGAGAAAUCUGAAAGCGUCGGAGAUGAAGCCCGGAGUCAAAUGAUUCUACCAACCUAGGACUAGUUUGAGGGUUGAUAAAAUCAUGUCCUGCAGCACAUAGGCCAGGUGUGUGAUUAUUAUAUUGUGUGAUGGCACAGUCAUCCCUUGUUAUUGAGGAGUGUGUUUGUCCGUCACAUUGUCUAUUGGUGACACACAAGACUUCCAAUCUUGAUUUCUAUCAAUGUGAACAUUGUAAACACGUGCAGUAAUGUUGUUGCAUGUCAUGAUACUGAUGUGAGUCACAUUUCAGAUAUGAUUCAUCCAUCAUAUACAGUGUUAUAUAUUGUCCAUCCUUUAAUUUUCUACCGCUUAUCCCUUUCGGGUCGUGGGGGGUUCUGGAGUCUAUCUCAGCUACAAUUGGGCGGAAGGCGGUGUACACCCUGUGCAAGUCGCCACCUCAUCACAGGGCCAACACAGAUAGACGGACAACAUUCACACUCACAUUCACACCCUAGGGCCAAUUUAGUGUUGCCAAUCAACCUAUCCCCAGGUGCAUGUCUUUGGAGGUGGGAGUAAGCCGGAGUACUUGGAGGGAACCCACGCAGUCACGGGGAGAACAUGCAAACUCCACACAGAAAGAUCCCGAGCGCAGGAUCGAACCCAGGACCUUCGUAUUGUGAGGCAGAUGGAUAUUGUAUUGUAUGUAUUUGUUUGAUUCCUUAACAUUUUAUAACCCCUGGUUAAAUUAUGACAUAUUUAUUCUAAAGCUUUGUUACUUUAUUUACAUGCAGCAUGGAGAGCAUUGUUGAUCCCUCCCUUUGUAAAACCAUCUAUCCUGCAACACACAUCAAAAUACAACGGGCUUAUUUUAUUCAA